AUGCGUGGCUGCUUCCGUUGGUCUCGGAAGAGCCGCGUGCGAGCGCUGCUCGUCGUGCUGCUCGUCGGCGCGGCUGCUUUCUACUCGGUCUCGCCUACGACCACGCUGACCACGCUGCUGCCGGGUGCCAAACCGCUCCACAAGACCAACGACGACACCCUCCAGCCCCAUGGAAAGCCGAGCAAUGAACUUGACCCACGCCAGCGGCAGCAGCGCGCUCCGGGAGUGCUCCCCAAGGAGGAGGACGACGACGACUCCAUUCGCCGAGCUGCAGCGCUGCUCCCAGAGGACGAGAACCAAUCGCCGUCCCAACGCAAGACGCUCCUUCGCAGCUCGCCCGAGCUCCGACGUGCGCUCGAGCAGGAUCUCGAGCGACUGCGCGAGCAGCGGGAGAUUGAUCGGGAGACGGAGAUUCAGCGAGAGAAGGACGAGGAGGCAAAGCCCGCCAAAAUACUGCCGUCCACGCGAGCCCCGACGUUCGGGCCCGACAAGGACGAUCUCCACGCUGACAUGGAGGAAGAGACAUCCAGCGAUGCUGUGGCGCACAUCUCGGCCGUCCACGAGCUCGUCCUGGGCGCCCAGCGGGAAGCGUUGUGCGAUCCAUUGCCGCAGCAGCAGCAGAGCAAGCUGCCUGCCGUCGUGCCGCCUCAGACUGCAAAUCUGGCACGAUCGCCCAAUCCUGCGCGCAUCCUCUUGUAUGCCACGAUCGCGGCGACCACGGCAGAUGCGUCGGGCAUUUGGCUCAGCGACACACUCGACACCUUGUCCCGACUGCCACAAGCUGAAGUUUACCUCUUGCUGCACACUCAACCCAAGCCGGACGCCGACGUUGCCAACCAGCCCCUAACAAUCAUCCAAUCCCUUCAGCACGUUACCGUCAUCAAUCCUUGGCUGGAGGCCGACGCUCAAUCGAUGGGUCUUGCUCCCGUCACCUUCAAGAGCAAACUCGACUCGAACAAUGCCCUGCAAUGGAUUACUGCUCUCGACCACCAGCUGCGUUUCGAUCACUUGCUCAUUCGCUCAAUUCCAGUUGCAGCUCUCGUCUCGCGAUAUGCUGACAUGGCACACCGCCUCUGGGCAUUUAUUCUACCGCCAACUCCGUUCCCUGCGUUGAAUGCACCCCUCCCAGCCGUGUACACCAAACUCAAGCAGCUCUUGUCUACGCCCGCAAGAGGAAUCUUCUCUACUGAGCGUGCCCGCCUCUUUGUGCAAGAUGCCGUCACCGUGCCUGCCCUCAAGCCUUCCUCAAUCGUCCCGACGGUGGUGCCGCCGUUCAGCCCAUCCGCAGAUGUUACCGCCCAAACCCAUCAGCUGAUUCAUGGUGCUGCACGGUACUCGACAGCCAAGGCCGCUGGCUUUAAAAUUUGCUACCAGGGCAGGGCUGACAACGAGUAUCUCUUUGCGGAAAUGCUACAGGCGUACAAGAAGAGCUUGGGCGGUUCCUCCCCAGCCUCCAUGUCCAUGAUGCUCAUCAUUAGCAACUAUGAGCAACCCGAACUCCUAUCGCAGACGCAAGAGUUUGUGCGGAACGAGCCCUCUGUCGUCCUGUUUGAACAGCUCUCUCGUGCGACCACCCUUGCGCUGCUUCAAGAUUUCCAAUGCUCUGUCGGUGUGCGUUUGAUGAGCAACGAUGCCGGCCUUGAAGUUUCGACCAAAUUCCUCGAGUAUUCGUUGCUGGGAGUGCCCACGGUGAUGACCGUCCCUUCGGCGAGUGCCGAAGAUGCUCUCGAGGGCAUGGACUAUCCCGAGUACUUGACAGUGCUGCUGGAUGGCUCGCCCGCAUCGUCUGAAUCCUUUGUCGCUCGCCUUGCGAAUGCGUUUGUGACAGCCAGCGCGCGCCUGGCCGAAUCUCCCAGCAGCCUGGCCAACCUCCAGCAGCGUCUUCGCUCGCUCGCCGCGUUGCAUUCCCCCGACGCAACUGUCGCGCGAUAUCAGCAGCUUCUCACGCCACGACCACGCCAUGGUUAUCAAGCACAGCCUGUUGAUGGUGUACCACCUUCUUCGUGCAACAUUCUCAUGGUCGCUCACGAUUUCAAGCUCAUGGGCGACAUUCUUGAGCACUUUAGUUCUGCCUCUUGCACCGUUCGCAAGAUUACCUGGACUCCGCAGUCACUUCUGGCUAUGGACCAGUCCGGAGAGCUCAUCAAGCACGCGCAGUGGGCCGGCACGAUUUGGUGCGAGUUCGCCCUCGACCAGGCUCACUGGUUUGCCUCUCAACGGUCAAAGUACGAUCCGAGCCACGACAAAACGCUCAUUGUGCGCAUUCACGGACCAGAGCUCCAGCAGCCCAUCGCGGACAAGAUCCAAUGGGCACAGGUCGACCACGUCAUUACGACCGCCCCGUACUUUUACAACGAGUGUCUGGUGCGCAUGCCCCAGAGCACGCCCAUCCAUCUCAUCAGCAACAUCAUGUGGCCCCUGACAUUGGCGAGCAAUCCGAUAAAGUCAAGCAGCUCCCGAGCAACCGCUCUGGGUUUGAUCGUUUCGGAUGAUUCGCCAAAGGCGCUUGAGAUGGCCAUUGACAUUUUGCGGGAAAUUCGAGACAUCACAGGCCAGGCCAACUCCAACUGGACUCUUGUCGUAGCCGGCCCUGCGCCAGCAACCCUGGAAUGGACACCUUCGUCUCCUGUGAACACAGAGCGCGAGUACCUGACCCAAGCUCGCCAAAUUCUUGCAAGUCUUGGUCUCGAGGCCUUUGUGCAAUUCGUCGGCGCGCCGGCCGACCCUUCUGUGUGGUUGCAUCAAGUUGGCUUCAUUCUAUCCACCUCUGACUCGGCAGCCGACGUUCACAUGGUGUCCGAAGGCAUGGCGACUGGAUGCAUUCCCGUCGUCCGUCGCGGCUUUGGGGCAGACCUGAUGUACCCAGCGGCGUACAGCUUUGAUGGCCCUGUCGAGGCUGCCACGCUCAUCAAGGCGCAUGCCGAGCAGUCAAGUCUGCGGAUUGCCAACCAACGAGCUGCAUCGGUCCAGGAAGCGCAGGCCCGCUUUGAAGGCCGUGCCAUGCUGCGAAUGCUCGAUGAGCUUGUUCUUCCACUCGAAAACGCCGACAGCGCUCCAACGGACUUGCAAACAUUGCAGCCACCAGAGUCCCAGAACACGGCCGCCUUGCUCCAACUGUCGCCGAGCUCGAUUGUCAAGACCCACAUGCCGUCAUGGACAUCGCGCAGCAAGCUGGUGAUUAUGGCAAUCAUGGACGAGUUCACUGCCGGUUGCUACCAACACGAGGCGCGCAUCGUCAAGGCGGACAUUGACAACUGGCGAGGGCAGCUCGCCAAUGCCCAUCCUCAGUUACUCAUUGUCGAGUCUAUCUGGCAAGGCCCAUGGGCAGAGCAUGUCAUGUCAGACUCUGCUUGGGGCAACCCGGUCGUUGAGCUGCUCAAACAAGCGCGCCUCCGCGGCAUUCCCAGCUUGUUCUGGAACAAGGAAGAUCCUGCGCACUUUCACGAGUUUUCGCAUUCUGCAUUCUUGCCGUUUGUAGACGCCGUGUUUACGACCGAGGAGGCCGUCGUCCCGGCCUAUGCGAAAAUCCUCGGACACGAUCGGAUUUUCGCCAGUCCGUUCGCAGCGUCGCCGAGGACGCACUCACCGGUCGGGUCUUAUCGUCCACGGAACAAGGGAUAUGCAUUUGCAGGCACCUAUGCCUUCCAAACGCGUUAUCCUCACCGCAAGGGUGAUUUGGAUUUGAUAUUCGCGGCGGCGAAAACGCGCGGACUUGCCAUCUUCCAGCGCUCGGAGGGAGUUUCGCGCCACAUUGUGCCGUGGGGCGCAGAGCUGCAACCACACUUGAAAGGCUCGCAGCCAUACGUCAAGAUGGUCAAGCUGUACAACAAGUAUGAGGUGUUUAUCAACGCCAACUCUGUCAACGUUUCCAAGACCAUGUGCAGCCGUCGUCCGUUCGAGGUGGUCAGCACGGGCACUCCCGUCGUUUCCAAUCCGGGACCGGCUUUGAAGAUCAUGCUUGGCCACUCGGUCGUUAUUGUACACAGCGCGGCUGAAAUGAACGUCGCAGCAGCACGUUUCGACAAUCCGUUGAUUCGAGAACGACUGGCUCUGUCGGGCCAGCGUCGCGUGUUUGCCGCUCAUACCUACGGGCACCGACUCCGCGCAAUGAUUGAGCAAAUGACCUUUGACAAUGCGACCCUCGCGCAGACACCCGACCCUGCUCCAUCCGCGACUGUGGCGGUCUGCUUGCCGCUCGUUCCGUCGUCCUGUGAUGCCGCGGCCCGAUGCGUUCCACGCCUGCUUUCGGACGCUCUGGAAACGUACCAGCGCAUGGUCUUUGGGCGUGGGUCGUACGAGUUGCUGAUUGGAGUGGUGCUGCCUCCGGCCAACGGCGGCCAUCCCUGUGCCGAUCCGGAUUCGGCCAUCCGUGCUGUUCGUGAUGCGCUCGAGCAAAUGCUGAGGCAGUCCCGCAGCGAGCGGCCUGUAACCUUCCGCGUCUUUGCAACAUCUGGAGCAUCCACGGCCGCGACUGUGGGCGCCUGCAUGCACCAAGCCAUUGAUCUGGCCGAACGGCAGCACUUGUUCUUCCUCGACCCCAGCCGUCACUACUACGGCCCCAACUUUUUGCGGGACUUGCUGCCUGCGUUUUCGUACACUGACGCGCAAGUGGUUGGUAAAAGCAGCGUUUACGCUGUCGACGAGUCUGCGCGUCCCUCCCGACCAUUCUGUGCAAGUGCGAACUCUGCUGGUGUUCUUCAAGCCAAGUACGCUCAUGGCUACAACCCAGACCUUGUCAACGCCCCGGCCGUCGGUCUCACGCUUCACAACCCCACAGCCCAACUGGAAUACGUGGACAAGCUUGCCGCAGCGCCGAGCGCCAUCUUUAGUGUCGAUUUUCUCCGAAAGUGUCCGCUGGAUUCGUUAAGCCAUGCCGCCAACCCCCUCGACCAUCUGCUGGCGAUAGCUCUCGAGGCGCGCGCAAUCUUCUUUUCUGGCAACCGCCACAACUUUAUUUUUGAUGCUGUCUCGCGUGCUUCGGCUGACGGCUGUUCCUCGGCCAACGAGGCCAUCACUCCCGACAUGAUUUCCUUCACUUCCUGGUAA